UUCCAGCACCUACACACCUAUUGGAACAAAACGAGAGCCAGCAGCGUGCUGUUGGACUUGUGUUCGUUCACCCACCAAUUUUCCGAUUUGCAAAAUGGAUCCCGACAGCGUGUCAAAAGCAUUUGUGGAUCACUACUACUCCACCUUCGAUACCAAUCGUGCUGGGCUUGCUAACCUUUACCAGGAAAACUCUAUGUUGAAUUUUGAAGGUCAGAAAUAUCAGGGUGCUCAAAGCAUUGCAGGUAAGCUGACUAGUCUCCCUUUCCAGCAGUGCAAGCAUCACAUCAACACUGUUGAUUGUCAGCCUUCUGGUCCUGCUGGUGGUAUGCUUGUCUUUGUUAGUGGCAAUCUUAGCCUCCCCGGUGAACAACACGCGCUCAAGUUCAGUCAGAUGUUUCACUUGAUUCCAACACCUCAAGGAAGUUUCUAUGUGCAGAAUGACAUAUUUCGCUUGAACUAUGCUUGAAGGGUUCCGAGUUGAAUUGUUUCUUGGUCAUGUUUUCUUGAUUGAUUUGUCAAAAAAUUAAACAAGGCAAAGUUAGUAUUUUAGCAAGAUAUUGCUUCCAUUUCACAGUGAGUGAGAGACUUGUUUUCCCGUAAUGGUUUGGUGACAGUUUGAAUUUUAUGGAAUUGAAUGAGGCCUGCCUUCACUGCCUGA